AUGGCGGCGUCCGCGGCCUCCGCAGCCUCGAUGGCCGUGUCCCGGCCCAUAAAGGGGAUCCUGAAGAACAAGAGCUCUGCGAUUUCUUCUGUGGUGACCUCCAAUGAAGAGCAGCCCGGCAGGAGUGUCGAGGAACAGAGGAAAAAGUCCCAGAGGUGGGAUGAAAUGAGCAUCCUGGCGACAUAUCACCCAGCAGACAAAGACUAUGGUUUAAUGAAAACAGAUGAACCAAGCACUCCGUACCAUCGUAUGGUAGGUGGUCAUGACGAUGCAAUGGGUGACUCAGAAACCACUCAAGCCCUGACCCCAGACAGACUGGCUAAGAAACUGGCUGCUGCUGAGGGCUCGGACCCCAAGUAUCGGGUACAUGAACAAGAAAGCAGUGAUGAAGACUGUGACUUCUCACCUGAGGAACAAGAAAAAAAGCGACAGUUUGAAAUGAAAAGGAAGCUUCACUGCAAUGAAGGACUGAAUAUUAAAUUAGGUAGGCAAUUAAGUUCUAAAACCCUAGAUAAUGAUGAGGAAGAUGAAGAAAUGUCAGAGACUACAGCUGGAGAAAGUAUGAAUAUGAAAAAAUCAAAUCAAGGAUCUACUACGGGUGACCAACUGCAAACCAAAUCACAGAGUUCAAUAGAAGAGAUUUGUUCAACACUGUAA